UACUCUGUUACUCAACUAACUCUCAUUCUCUCUGGUGGAUCCGGCGACUGCAGCUCCGAGUUUCUGUGAUCUUGAAUCCUGGACCUGUUAAGUCUUGAAAUCUUAGGUGGAUACAAACACAUUCUUCUAGACUGGUCUAUCUGGUUUUCCCUGUUGCUUUUGUGUGAGGAAGUGAAGGCAAGAUGUCAGUUUCACGCAGCUGGCUGUUAGGGCUUAUCAUAGCUCUGCUUUGCACCGGAGCGCAGACCCAAGAAAGCCUCCAAAGUGAGGAAGCCGAGGAGCUGGGAGGUCUGGAGAUUUCUGAAGGUGAGAAAGAAGAGGUGGAUGACGAGGAGGAAGGUGGAAACGCAUCGGAAGAAGCAGCUGAUGGGGAAGAAGAGAGAGCUCCUGAGGAAGAGGCGUCUCCAGAAGCUGAGAUAACAGAGGAGGAGGAAGCUGAGGAAGAUGAUGAGAUAGGAGGAGAAGAAGAUGAACAAGAAGCUGCUGAGGAAGAUCAUGAGACUGGAGUAGAUGAACAAGAAGCAGAGGAAGAUGAGAGAGGAGGAGAAGAUGAACCAGCAGAUGAAGACGAUGAGACUGGAGGAGGAGAAGAUGAACAAGAAGCUGCUGAGGAAGAUCAUGAGACUGGAGUAGAUGAACAAGAAGCAGAGGAAGAUGAGAGAGGAGGAGAAGAUGAACCAGCAGAUGAAGACGAUGAGACCGGAGGAGGAGAAGAUGAACAAGAAGCUGCUGAGGAAGACAAUGAGACUGGAGAAGAUGAACAAGAAACAGAGGAAGAUGAUAGAGGAGGGGAAGAAGAUGAACCAGCAGAUGAAGAUGAUGAGACGGGAGGAGGAGAAGAUGAAGAGGAGGAAGAAGCAGAUGAAGAGGAGGAGGAGGAAGGAGAGAUAGAUGAGGAAGGAGAUGAAGAGGAGGAGGAGGAGGAAGCAGAAGAGGAGGAGGAGCAGAUGGAAGUGGAUGUAGAAAGAUUAGCAGAAGAUGAGAAAUCUACACAACAGACAGCAGAGGAAGAAGAGGAAGAGGCAGAUGAGGAAACAGCUGCUGAUGAAGAGACUGUAGUUGAGGAUGAUGCUGAAGGAUGGACGUAUACCUAUAACCCUGCAAGGCCUGAUAUAGAAACUGCUGAGGAGGAAAAUGUAGAGUCAGAAGAGGUGGUCUCCAAGGAGGAUGAUGAAUAUAGAUCAGGCUCUUUCUGUGGCCUUUGCUCAGUCUGCGAGCACUGCAGUACCUGUGACAAAUGUCCCUGUGAGGAAGGAGACACAUCAGCACACUGCAAUCACUGUGAAGAUUGUUCAUACUGCUACAUUUGUCCGGUGAUCUGUGAGACCGUCUGCCAGCCAGGAGGAAUUCUUGAUGUACUGAGCGGAUCUCUUUACCAGACUGUGAACACAUUACUCUGAAUACGAUUGGUGUUGUUAACAGCGCCAUCUUUUGGUGAACAGGGGAACUACAGGCUAUCAUUCACUUAGGCCUGUCUAUUUGACUGACCAGAUCAGGAGAUUUUCACCCUGAGGUCAAUAAUGGGAGUGGACAACCUGCUGUACCCUAGAUAUAACUGAGGAACUACCAGGACCCUAAUGUUUACCAUUUAAUGACACUUUAAAGGUGACUUUACAUGCUGUGUUAAAUGAUAUAACAAUUAAAUAUGAUUAAGUGCAAAGGUUCUUGUAUUAAAAUUGUACAAUGUUACUGUUUUUGACUGUGUUUUUGAUCAAAUAAAUGCAGCCUUGGUGAACAGAAGACUCUUCUUUUAUAUA